UUCUUUUUAAAUAAUGAAAACAGACAGAUGCUUAAGCACUCAAGACAAUAUCUCAAUAGAAAGAUGAAGCAGAGGAGUUCCUUACUAAUCCUCUGUUUUGUUCUCAUUGUUGCUUCAGUUUCAGCACAAACGUGCAUACACAACGGGAGGAACUUCACACCCAACGGUACAUACGAUGCAAACCGCCGUCUCAUCCUCUCUUCUCUUCCUUCCAAUGCCGCGGCUCAAGAUGGCUUCUACAGCGGUUCCAUCGGACAAGAACCUAGUCGAGUCUACGCGGCAGGGAUGUGCAUCCCUGGAGCAGAACCAAACGAUUGUUCCGCUUGUCUAAAAGGUGCAUCUGACUGGUUGGUACAAGAUUGUACCAACCAGACAGACGCGUAUUACUGGGCGCUUGAUCCAACUCUUUGCCUUGUCCGUUACUCCAACAAUUCUUUUUCAGGAUCCGCAGGUUAUUGGGAGAUCGUACCGCAGUAUUUGGUCAUGAACACUGCAAAUAUCGACUCAAAUCUAACGGAGUUCAAGAAGAUAUGGGAAGGAUUGAUACAUGGUGUCAUCGCUGCAGCUUCUUCUACAAGGAACAACCUAUCAUCUAGUAAUAACCAUUACAAAGCUGAUGUUGCAGCUUUGACACCUUUCCAGAAUAUAUACGCACUGAUGCAAUGCACGCCAGAUGUUUCUUCUGGUGAUUGUGAUAAUUGUCUAAGACAAAGCGUGAUUGACUACCAGUCCUGUUGUGGGGAGAAGACAGGAGGCUAUGUUAUGCGUCCAAUCUGCUUUUUCCGGUGGCAGUUGUUUACAUUCUCUAAGGCUUUUGGUAACAUUACAUUGGCUGCUCCUCCUUCUCCUCCUCCUCCUCCUCUGCUGCAACCUCAACCAUCUUCUGGUGGCGACCGGGCCAAAAAGAUAGACAGUGGCAGCGGAAAUAUCUCAAUGAGAACUAUUGUAGCAAUAGUUGUUGUUGUUAUUGCAGUUGUCUUCAUCAUCAUUAUCAUCGUUGUUCUUGCUCGCGGGUUUGCUAGAAAGGGAAAAUCAGACCAACAAGUUGAGUUUAAUCAAACUGGUAUCACAAGUGUACGCUCCCUACAAUUCGAUUUCAAGACAAUUGAAGUUGCAACAAAUAAAUUUUCAGAGAGCAAAAGAAUUGGCCGAGGUGGAUUUGGAGAUGUUUUCAAGGGUACAUUACCUGAUGGAAAAGAAGUUGCAGUGAAGAGGUUGUCAAGAACAUCUGAACAAGGUGAGAAAGAGUUCAAGAAUGAGGUUAUUGUUAUCGCAAAACUUCAGCAUGGAAAUCUUGUUAGACUUCUCGGUUUUUCUGUCAAAGGAGAAGAAAGAAUACUCGUCUACGAGUUUGUGCCCAACAAAAGUCUCAACUGUUUCCUCUCUGACCCAAUAAAGCAAGCUCAGUUAAGCUGGACAAAACGGUUCAACAUAAUCAGGGGAAUCGCUAGAGGGAUACUAUAUCUUCAUCAAGAUUCAAGGCCCAAAAUUGUACAUCGUGACCUCAAAGCAGAUAACAUAUUAUUGGAAGCUGAUAUGAACCCGAAGAUUUCUGAUUUUGGGACGGCAAGGAUCUUUGGUAUGGACCAAACUAGUUCUAUCACUAGAAAGAUAGUUGGAACUAAAGGUUACAUGCCCCCAGAGUAUAUAUGCGACGGGCAAUUCUCAAUGAAAACCGAUGUGUAUAGCUUCGGGGUUUUAGUUCUUGAGAUUAUAUGUGGAAAGAAGAACAUGAGCUUCUGCUCCCCGGGUCCAAAUUUGGUCACAUACGCUUGGAGGUUGUGGAGAGAGGAGACACCAUUAGAACUCGUGGAUCCAACCAUUUUAGAUAAUUUUCCAGCAGAAGAAGUGACAAGAUGCAUCCACAUUGCACUGCUAUGUGUUCAACAUGAACCAACAGAUCGUCCCGAUGUGUCGACAAUCAUGUUGAUGCUCACUAGUACCACCAUCAUUUCACAUGUUCCUCAACCACCUGGAUCUCUGGAUGCUUCAUACUAGAUACCCCACACAAUAUACAAUCAUGGGAUCCAACUCUCAAACUACCAAUGAUGGAACUUGAUCCUCGUUCCCUUGAGAGAGACAUUGGAACUUUUUUUACGUUAAACCAUGUUUCAGGUAUUUCAGUUAAUUCAAAAGUUAUGUGAGUAUGAAUUGUUAACUCAUCACAGUUAUGUACACUAUUUUACUUGUCAAAUACGUUUUUAUCAUUUGUAAUUUCUACAUUCUAGUUUCAGCUUUUUGUUAUAAAGUCCUCCGAGAAUCUUUUUUUCCUUUGUCAUUUAAGAGGAAGAAAAUGAUGUUAUAAUUCAUGGUAAU